AUGGCCGCAAGGUCGUGGUUGCUGCUUCUUUGCCUCGCUGCUGCCGCCGGUUGCGUCGUGCUCAAAGCUCGUGCCCAGCCUGACAGCAUCGGUUUCAUCAACAUAGACUGCGGCAUGCCCGGGACGGCGAGCAGAGUGGACGACACCACCAAGCUGUCAUACGCGCCGGACGCCGCCUUCACCGUCGACGCCGGCUCGAACCACAACAUCUCGGCCGAGUACGUGACGCCGCAGCUCCCAAGGGGCUUCCACGACCUGCGCAGCUUCCCCGACGGGGCGGCGCGCAGCUGCUACACGCUCCGGUCCCUGGAGGCCGGGCUCAAGUACCUCGUCCGCGCCUUCUUCAUGUACGGCGACUACGACGGCCUCCGCCGGCCGCCCGUCUUCGAGGUCUACGUCGGCGUCAACUUCCUGAGCACGGUGAACGUGUCGGAACCGGGCGUCCCGGAGAUGCUAGAGGCGAUCGUCGUCGUCCCCGACAGCUUCCUUCAGCUCUGCCUGGUGAACAUCGGCUCCGGGACGCCGUUCGUCUCUACGCUGGAGCUGAGGCCUCUCAAGACAAGGUUCUACCCGCAGGCCAACGCCACGCACGGGCUGGCACUGGUGGGCAGGGCCAAUUUCGGACCGACCAAUGACUCGUACGCCGCCAUCGUCAGGUACCCUGAUGAUCCCCAUGACAGGCUAUGGAUCCCUUCCGUGGACGCCGCCAACUGGACCGUGAUAUCGACGACGAGCUGGGUGCAGAACAUACACAAGGAUCUGUUCGGGGCGCCGUCCAAGGUGAUGCAGACGGCGAUCACGCCGCGCAACGCCUCCAAGAACAUCGAGCUGUUCUGGGAGCCCAAGCCGGUGCCCAAGGACCCGUCCCUGGGCUACAUUACCGUCAUGCAUUUCUCCGAGCUGCAGGAACUGCCGCACGGCGCCGUGCGCCAUAUCUACAUCAGUUUUAAUGGCCGGUACGUGGAGGAUUUCACGCCCGAUUUGCUGUACGCCGAGACCGCCUACAACGUCAUCCCCGUAGGGGGCUACGCACGGUACAACGUUUCUCUGAACGCCACCGCCAACUCCACGCUGCCGCCGAUCAUCAACGCCAUGGAGGUUUUCUCGCUCUUCCCCACCACCAACGUCGGCACCGACUCCAUUGACGUGGCUGCCAUCACGGCGAUCAAGGACAAGUAUAGUGUGCGGAAGAACUGGAUGGGUGACCCGUGCUUUCCCAAGGCUCUUGCUUGGGACCGGUUGGCUUGCAGCUAUGCCGUUUCCAGCCCUCCAAGAAUCACAAGUUUGGAUCUGUCAAACAAUAACUUGACGGGGUCAAUUCCUGACGCCCUUUCAAAGUUACCUUCAUUAGUACUACUAGAUUUGACAGGGAACCAACUCAGUGGAUCAAUCCCCUCUGGGCUUCUCAGAAGAAUUCAAGACGGCUCCCUGAAUUUGAAGUACGGAAAUAAUCCACACCUUUGCACCGAUGGCAAUUCAUGCCAAGAUGUGAAGGGGAAGAGCAAGCUAACGGCUGUCUACAUUGCUGUCCCUGUUGCUCUAGCUGUGGUUGCAGUGGUAGUACUGCUCCUUUGCUUCAUCAUAAGACGAGAAAAGCACGGAUCGGUGAGCAGCAGGUCUGCGAAGCCACGGAUUGAGCCGACAGACAAUGCCCAUGAUGAUCACAGCUCACUGCAACAGAGGAACCGUCAGUUCACCUACAAGGAGCUGCAGAUUAUAACGAAGAACUUCCAGACUGUGCUCGGCAAGGGAGGCUUCGGCGUCGUCUACGAGGGCUUCUUGGAGGAUCGCACCCAGGUUGCGGUGAAGCUGCGGUCUCAGACGACAUCCGACAAAUCAGACCAUGGUGUGAAGCAGUUCCUCGCCGAGGUUGAGAUCUUAACAAGGAUUCAUCACAGAAAUCUCGUCUCCAUGAUUGGUUACUGCAAGGACGGGGACCACCUGGGACUUGUCUACGAGUACAUGCCACUUGGAACCUUGCAGCAACACAUUGCAGGAAAUGAUGGAAGAUACUUAACCUGGAGACAAAGGCUUCAGAUCGCCCUAGAAUCAGCAUUAGGGUUGGAAUAUCUACACAAGGGUUGCAGCCCGCCUCUCAUUCACAGAGAUGUGAAAUUGGCCAACAUCUUACUGAGUGCGAGGCUGGAGGCCAAGAUUGCUGAUUUUGGCUUGUCCAAGGCUUUCAACCAUGACGACACUCACGUAGCCACUGCUACGAUUGCUGGUACUCCCGGAUAUUUGGAUCCAGAGUACCGUGUAACAGGUAAACCGACAUCAAAGAGUGACGUAUAUAGCUUUGGCGUCGUGCUGCUAGAGCUGGUCGCCGGGAGGCCAGCCAACCUGCGUGACCCAGAGAACACCAGCAUCAUUCAUUGGGCGCGGCAGCGGCUAGCCCAGGGCAACAUCGAGGCCGUGGUGGACCCUCGCAUGGGUGGCAACCAUGACAUCAACAGCGUGUGGAAGGUCGCGAAUAUCGCGCUCAGCUGCACCGCGGAAGCGUCGGCGGAGAGGCCCACCAUGACCGACGUGGUGGCCGAGCUUCAGGAGUGCCUCGAGCUGGAGAAGGGCCACGCCAGCGGGGACGACACGAGUGGCCACUUCUAUUCCGCCAACGGCAGCGACCGGCCGCAGGACAAUGAUCACUCCACUGAUGUAAGCCGGAGUAGCACUACUUUCGAGGUGGAGGUGGAGCGUAAUUUCGGGAGGGUGCCAACAAUGCCCACAGGUCCAGCAGUACGAUGAAGAGCUUUGCUGCCUAGGGCUCGUAGCGUGAGAGUAGCUAGUCUCUUACAUUUAUUGGAUCGUUUUGCUUUAAAACAUCAAAUGGUGGUAAUUUGUGCCUAGGGCCUUGUUUAGUUUCAAAUUUUUUUGGAAAAUUAAC